UCAUUCUUCUCAACUCACACACCUUCCAAUCUUUCAUUCUUUGCUGUUGAAGUAGUAAUAUCUAUAGCAUACAGAGAUGGAGAGGCAAAGAAGCAAGCAGGUUUGUUUGUUGAUGUGGGUUUUGGUUGCUGCCUUGUUCUCCCACAACAUGGUCAUUGCAGUGACCUCCACUGGCCUUGGUGAGCAGAAAAACUACUAUCCAGCUCCUGACCCUCAUGCUGGAACUCCCCCUUCAGGUUCACAUGGCACACCACCAUCUUCAGGAGGUGGAUCACCUCCCUCUCAUGGAACCCCAUCACAUGGAGGUGGUUACCACCCUUCACCAACACCAUCAACGCCUUCGGGUGGAAAUUGUGGAACUCCCCCACAUGACCCUUCAACUCCAUCAACACCAUCACACACUCCUUCUCAUGGUACUCCACCAUCAUCUGGAGGUGGUAGUCCCCCAUCGUAUGGAGGAGGCAGUCCCCCAUCGUAUGGAGGAGGCAGUCCCCCAUCAUACGGAGGUGGCAGUCCCCCAUCAUAUGGAGGUGGCAGUCCCCCAUCAUAUGGAGGUGGCAGUCCACCAACUACUCCUAUUGAUCCAGGAACUCCAAGCAUUCCCUCACCUCCAUUCUUUCCUGCUCCAACUCCACCAAUUGGUGGUACAUGCGAUUUCUGGAGGAGUCACCCCACACUGAUAUGGGGUCUGCUUGGUUGGUGGGGCAGUGUAGGCAACGCAUUUGGCGUGACCAACGCUCCUGGACUUGGAACAAGCAUGAGCUUGCCCCAAGCACUUUCAAACACACGUACUGAUGGACUUGGGGCGCUUUACCGGGAAGGAACAGCCUCAUUUCUCAACUCCAUGGUGAAUAAUAGGUUCCCAUUCUCGACUAAGCAAGUCAGGGAGACUUUUGUUGCAGCACUUGGUUCAAACAGCGCUGCAGCAGCUCAGGCUCGUCUCUUCAAGCUUGCCAAUGAAGGCCACCUCAAGCCAAGGACCUAAGCAAACACCUUUUGGUUUGUCAGUUUCUUGAAGCAUUUUAUCCACUAGUGUGUGCUACUUAGAUUUUAUGUUCCUAGUAUUCGACAUCUAUAAUGCUACAGCUUUCAUUUGGAUAGAUACUGUGUCUAGAACUGAAUGUUAAGUUUAUGUUUUCUUAUUUUAAAUAAAAUUUAAGAUAUUUGUUUAAA